AUGAUCUCCCGUUCAAUCUUUUCAAAAUCAGUUUCUUUACAACGGUCUCAGAAUAGACUGUUCCUCUUGACUGCGGCUAGUGCCGUUUUUGGGUCUAUGAUAUUCAAUGAGAACAAUCAACUCGCUUCGAAAAUGGAAAGAGGUGAGCUUCAUUAUGACGACCCUAAUGCAUCAUUGAAUGAGAAAAAAGUAUCCCCUGCUAGUAACAAGUACUUUAGCAGGCGGGAAUCGGAAUAUCCCGGACAUGUGCCUCUUUAUGGAAUAGAGAAGUUCAUGAUGUUUAUAGGGUCUGGGCUUGGAUCAUUUUUCCAUCCGGAAAAUAACGCUAAUAUAGUUGCAUUAGGUGAAUCUACAGCAAUUGAGCCUGUGUUGAGAAAGUUACAGAGGCAAAUGCUCUCUGACCCUGUUGGACGACAGAUUUUAAGAGAAAAACCGAGAAUGACUAGCACCUCUUUAAACUUGGAUCACUUGAGAGCCUUACCUAAAAAUACUCUUGGACAUACUUACGUGAGCUGGCUUGAUCGGGAGGGUGUUUCUCCUGAUACGAGGGUUCCUGUUCGCUUUAUUGAUAAUGAGGAAUUGGCAUACAUCUAUCAACGAUACAGAGAAUGCCACGAUUUCUACCAUGCUAUCACUGGCUUGCCUAUCAUUAUUGAAGGCGAAAUUGCUGUGAAAGUCUUAGAAUUCAUGAACAUGGGAAUUCUUAUGCCAGGAUUGGGAGCACUUUUAGCACCUUUGCGAUUGAAGCCCUCGCAAAGAGAAAGAUUGUACAGCAUCUACUAUCCUUGGGCAUUUAGAAGCGGACUUAAUGCCAAGCCAUUGAUUAAUGUCUAUUGGGAGAAAAGUUUGGAAAUGGAUGUCAAUGAACUUCGCCGGUCUCUUGGCAUCGAACAGCCCCCAGACUUGAGAAACUUGCGGAAAGAGUAUUUUGCCAAGCUAAAGAAAGAGAAGAGAAUUUAA